ACACAUAAUUCCAUACACAUUUUUUUCCUUCUAAUUUUCUUGCAUCCCUUAAAACAACAUGAAAUUCAUCAACAACAAUAUUAAUCUCAAUUUUUUUUACAUAAUCCUAAUUAGUUUUGCAUUACAAAAAUGCAUGGCUCACACAUUCAUGGACUCACCAAGCUUGGAAUCAAGAUCUAUUUCUCAUAGUCACUCGCAUCACUCGGCGAAUCCACCAACCUAUUCUUCAGAAGCGCCUUCUGAAGCGCCUUCUGAGUCGACCUCUGAUUUUCCCGAAAUUCCAAACUUUGCAUCAGAAUCGGGACAAGAUCCAUUUGGUGAGUCAUCUUCCUUCAAAGAUGCAAUCUCCGACAUUCUCCGAGGAUCGUUGUUUGGAAACUCCAUGCCAAUGCCUACACAGCCUCACCACAUAUCGGAAUCAAGACAAAGCACCCUCGGACUAGACCAAAUAUGUAUGCACACAGAUUACCCCGACGUUUGUAUGACAACAAUUAAACCUCUUGUAAGUCAAAAUUUCGAUAUAAUGGAUGUCCUCGCUGCGGCCAUAAAAGUAUGUUCAAUUGAAGUAAAAUUGACAACAACAAAAGUGAAAAGACAUGCCGCGAAAAAUCCGGCUGUUGCUAGUGCAGUUUCUGAAUGUCAAGAACAAUACAAAAUUGCUGCGGAAAAUCUUCAUAGAGCGAUGAAGGCUGUUGAGUCGCGCGAUCUUGGUACCAUUACCGUUAUGCUUAGCGCUGUUAUGGCCGAUGUUUCAACAUGCGAGAGUGCUUUCGAGGAUAUAAGAAAAUCACCUUCUUCUGACAUGACUAAAACUGAUGGUUUAGUUACUAUUACUGUUAGCAAUUCUCUCUCCAUUGCUAAUUUGGUUCCCUAUUAGUAUUACUUAAUAGGUAAAUUAAUGUUUUGUAUAUUAUAUGCACUAAAGUCAAGUCUUGGAUUAUAUAGACUAUAGUAUUAAUUAUGUAUAUAGGAAAGUAAUAAAUUAGUUUGUAAAGGGUACAAACUCUUGAUAAAGAAAUCUUUGUCAAUGUAUAUGUAUUUUAGUUACUUUGCAAAAAAAUAACAUUUUGUUUGUUUCUAUAU